AUGGUUUCAAUUGUAUUUCCUUCAGCUCAUUAUAGUUGUUGCAUGAGGCACUUAGGAGAAAAUAUUCGAAAUAAUUUUCACAAUGCGAGUGUUGUCUACCACUUUUAUAAGGCGGCAAAAACAUACAAUAUUGAUGUGUUCAGUGAUCAUUUUAAUCGGAUAAAAGAUUUGGUUCCACAGGCUACCACACAUCUUGAACGCGUUGGAUUUCACCGAUGGAGCAGGGCAUUCUUUCCCGGAAAUAGCUUUUUUAUAGCUACUGCUGCACUUAUUUCAGCACCUGCUGAGAAAUAUGCAACAAUUGCUAUAAAAACCAUACAACAGUACAAUAUUAUGACGACAAAUAUUGCUGAGUCGGUUAACUCAAUGUUUCUUGAUGAAAGAAAAUAUCUCAUUACUGGUCUAUUUGAUGCAAUAAACAGGCGAUUUGCAGAAAAAUUUCAUGAGAGGCGUAUGAAAUUCAUUAAUGCACCAACCAUCUUCGUCCCUUUGAUAGAAAAAGACAUUGCAAAAGAUAUUAAUCUGGAGAACAAGCUAUUGGUCCAUCAAACUGCCAACUACAAGUAUAUUGUCACCAGUCAUAAUGAAGUUGCAACAGUUGAUUUGCUAGCCAAAUCUUGUACUUGUAAAGUCUUUGACAUUGACAAAGUACCUUGUCCACAUGCUAUGGCAGCGCUUCGAUGUCAAUAUGGUGAUGACUAUGGGAGACACAUUUAUGAGUACUCCUCUUUGUAUUACAAAGCAGAGGUAUACCUUAUUGCAUAUGUGGAGGAAAUUAAACCAGUUCCAUCUGAAGAAACUUGA